AUGGCAUCUUGGGAAAACCGGUGGCAGAAUUUCCUCAAAGAAGCAGAGUCGUCAUGCUCCAUGUGGGGAAACACCCCAGAGGACUCCUUGGGGGGCUGGGAAGGCCAGCAGGACGUCCGGGGGAGAAGGAUCGUCACCGUCCCGCCCGCCUUCAAGCAGGACGAACAAACCAGCUCCGAGGAAGCCCAUCGCCAGCGCUUCAGGACGUUCCGCUACCAACCGUCGGAAGGUCCCAGAAUGGCUUGCAGGCGGCUGAGGAAAUUCUGCUGGGGAUGGUUGCAGCCAGAAAGACGCACCAAAGACCAGAUCCUGGAGCUGGUGGUCCUGGAGCAGUUCCUGGAGAUCCUGCCUCGGGAGAUCCAGAGAAGAAUUCGGGGAUAUGGAGCAGAGACGUGCUCGCUGGCGGUAGCUCUGGCGGAGGAGUUCUUGCUGAGGCAGCAAGAGGCGGAGCAGCCGGAAGAGGAGGUCCCAAGUCCAGUUGAUGAACGGGCUGAAGAUUUCGGUGACUUUGGGCAGCCAUCCCUGGAGACCCCAGAGAGACCCCCCUAUAAAGAGAUCAAGCCUGAGGGAAACGAGGACAUUUCUUCAUUAGAAAGCGACCAAGAGACGUAUCCACCCAUUGAGGAAGAUCAGUCAGUCACUUUUGACACGUCAGAGAUCAAAGAUGUUGUGGUUGAUUAUCCCGAAGAAAAUGAAACGCAGAAUUCAGAAGAGACGCCCGUUAAUGAGCUGGAUGGGGUCAACCUCUGGAGAUUCUCUGUCCCGCCAAGGCAGCACAAAGAUGGGCCAAGGCAUUCCUGCCCCCUUUGCGGGAGAGCGUUUACCCGAAAAUCAAGCCUGAAUAGACAUCUUAUUAUCCAUACCGGAGAGAAGCCCUACAAAUGUUCCCACUGUGGGAAAAGCUUCAAUCGGAAGACCAACCUGCUCUCCCACGAGAUGGUCCAUGCCAGGGACAAGUCGUAUCAGUGUUCGGACUGUGGGAAAAACUUCAAACCGAAGUGGGGUGUCAACGCCUACCAGAUAGACCACACCGGAGAGAAGGUGUACAAGUGCAUUUCUUGCAAGAAGAGCUUCAGGCAGAGAUUGGAACUGGGGAGACUGUUGAACGGGCAGAAGAAGGAGAUGACCGCAGGACAGCUGAAAGGGGAGUGGAAAGAUGGUGUCUUUGGUCCUCUAGAAGAACACGAGAAGCAGGUGGAAGGCGAGGUCGCAGAAGAAAAAAACAUAGCCAUGAUAGGUCCCUAUGACGACCUCGAUAAGCUUCACAGCUCGCCGGCGUUGUAUAAGGGAAGGCAGGGCAGCCCCUGCCCGAUCUGUGGGAAGGUCUUCGCCACGCAGUCGAGCGUGAAUCGACACAAAAGAAUCCACACAGGAGAGAAGCCGUAUCAGUGCUCCGACUGUGGGAGGAGCUUUAACCAGAAGACGACUCUCCUAACCCACAUUGUGAUCCACACUGAGCAGAAGCCGUAUCAGUGCUCCGAGUGUGGGAAACACUUCCGGCAUUCCUCCGGCCUGUUGGUGCACCAGAGGAUGCACACGGGAGAGAAGCCUUACAAGUGCGCCAUCUGCCGGAAGAACUUCACCCAGCGUGCACACGUGGUCAAGCACUUUGUGAGAAAGCACGCGCGCGAGAAACCGUCGGCUUACCUUUCUCCGCCCCCCCAGUAG